AUCAUUAGUUCAAUGACCAAUGGUGCUGCUCCAGGCACUGGUUCAAAACUAUUGGUAGAACAAGCCACUAAAAUGUUCAAUGGCCAAAUCCCAGAUUAUGUUUCACAAUAUGCUUUAAGUCAACAACGUGCUAUCUUUGGUAGUUAUGCUCAUGGUAAUAAAGACAUAAUCCCUUCUUCAAUCUUUGCUGCUGUCUUUGCUUUAAUAGGCCUUCUCCAUUUAUUCAUCUUUAUUAAAAACUACUCAAGAGCUCAUAAAUUUUAUUAUUCCCUAGCUCUAUUCUUUUAUUCCCUUUUAAGAUUUCUUGGUUUCCUAUUAAGAGCCAUUUGGGCAAAUGACACUUUGAAAGUCGAAAUCGGUUUGGCUUCUUCAAUUCUAAUUGUCAUUCCUUCAAUCAUUCUAGCUGCUUUAAAUCUAGCCUUUUCUCAAAGAAUUUUCACUUGGAGACAUCCCAAAGUUGGUAGCUCAAAACCCUUUUGGACCCUAAUGUUAUCCAUUUACACUAUCGUUAUCGGUAUUGUAGUCAUGGCCAUAGUCGCUGAUUCUGUCAUUGUUCUUUAUUACUUGAGCGAAAAACAUUUCACCAUGUGCAAAAACGUUGCUAGAGUAGCCUCCUUAUUUGCUGUUUUAUUUUCUUGCUCUGCUUCCAUCUUGAUUGCCUUGGCUUAUAUCUAUAAGCCUGGCACAUCGAACCAAAACUUCUUAAUUUAUCAACCUUGGUGGAUUGAAAGCUUUAACCUCAACUAUUUUGUUAAAAAGAAUUCAAUAUUACAAGCCGAGAAGGUCUUUAUCAAUAACCCUAAUUUUGAUUUCAAGAAAAAUGUCGUUAGAGUUAUUCCCUCUUCUUUACAUCAUUAUACUAAAAUUGAAGAUGCUGCUGGUAUGCCCGAUUUAGGUUUAGAAGAAUCUCCAGUCUUGAAACAUAAUCAUAGCAUCUUCCUUAUCACUUUAACUACUAUCUUAUUAUUAAUUAGUUCAAUUUUCAGAUGUGUUUCUUGUUUUAUCGAUCAAAAAGUCGGAAAUCAAAGUUGGAUUUUUAGACCUGUUGUCAUGUAUAUCAUGUUUGGCGUCCUAGAAGUAAUCGUCAAUGUUUUAUACAUUUUAUGGAGAAUUGAUCUUAGAUUUUAUAAACCUGAUAGAUUACCAAAAAGCGUU